AUGGAGUUGGACAUAUCAGGAAACAAAUUGUCAGGUACAAUUCCUAGUACACUCGGCAGUUGUAUCAGUUUAGAACGCCUUCAUUUAGAGGGGAACAAGUUUGAAGGGCUGAUUCCAGAAUCUUUGGAAACUUUAAGAGGUUUGGAAGAACUAGAUCUGUCAGAAAAUAAUUUAACUGGGAGGGUCCCUGAAUUUCUUGGCAGGUUUUCAGUUCUCAGGCAUCUCAAUCUUUCUCAUAAUAAUUUAGAGGGGGAAGUGUCAAGAGAUGGUAUAUUUGCAAAUGCAAGUGCCUUCUCAGUAGUUGGAAAUGAUAAGCUCUGUGGAGGUAUCCCAGAAUUGCAUUUACCUCCAUGCUCCAGGAAAAAACCCAGAGAACCUAUUUCCUUCAAGGUAGUAAUACCAGCAACAAUUGCAGCAGUAUUCAUUUCUGUUCUAUUGUGUUCUCUGUCAAUUUUUUGUAUCAGAAGAAAGUUACCAAGGAAUUCCAACACACCUACCCCUGAGGAGGAGCAAAUAGUUGUUUCAUACUCGGAACUCAUAAAAUCAACCAAUGGAUUCGCUGCUGAAAACUUGAUUGGUUCUGGAAGUUUUGGAUCUGUAUACAAAGGAAUUCUUUCUGGUGAGGGAAGAAUUGUUGCGAUUAAGAUCAUGAACCUUCCUCAGAAAGGUGCUUCAAAAAGUUUCAUUGAUGAAUGCAAUUCUUUAAGAAGCAUACGGCAUCGUAAUCUCCUGAAGAUCAUCACUGCUUGCUCGACCAUUGAUCUUCAAGGUAAUGAUUUCAAAGGUCUUGUUUUUGAGUUCAUGUCUAAUGGCAAUCUAGACCAGUGGCUACAUCCAACAACUGAACAUCAAUAUCGAACUAAGAAAUUGAGCUUUACUCAAAGACUGAAUAUUUGUUGUUUAAUAUUCAACAAUAUUGCCAUCGAUGUUGCUUCUGCAUUGGAUUAUCUCCAUCACCAUUGUGAAACCACAAUCGUUCAUUGUGAUUUAAAGCCAAGCAACGUGCUCCUUGAUGACGAUAUGACAGCCCACGUUGGUGACUUUGGAUUAGCUAAAUUCCUUUCUGAAGCAUCCAAGAAUCUCUCUAUAAAUCAAACAAUUUCUGCAGCUUUAAAGGGUUCAAUUGGCUACAUCCCUCCAGAGUAUGGGAUGAGAGGCGAAGUUUCUGUAGUUGGAGAUAUUUACAGCUAUGGAAUACUACUGCUAGAGAUGUUCACAGGAAAAAGACCUACUGAUGACAUGUUCGAAGGUGAUCUAAAUAUUCACAAGUUUGCUGAUAUGGCUUUCCCUGGCAAUGUCAUGGCUAUCAUUGACCCAUCGAUGCUAGCUGAAGAAGAGAUUUAUGAGAAUGAGGUAAAUGAACAUGGCAUAGAAGAAAGAGCAAUAAUCCUCAAUAAUGAUUUUCAAGUCAACAGGACAAGCAACAUUGAGGAAUGCCUGGUGUCUCUUAUGGAAAUCGGAAUCUCAUGCUCUAACAAAUCACCUGGGAAACGGAUGGCGAUGAACAUAGUUGUGAAUAGAUUGCAAAUAAUCAGAGAUUCAUUCUUUAGAUCUAUUAACAGGUGAGGUAAGAAUGUUGCAGUAGAUUUUAAAUGAACAUAGUGUGAACUCGUAGCUUAAUUAGGCAUUUGGACUGUCAGCUCAGUUAUUACGAGGUAAAAAACUCUCAUGUUGUCAUUAUAUUUCUAUCACGAUGUGAUACUGCUAUGUGCCUGACUAUGAU